UCCACCACCGGGAGCGGGUCAACAUGGUCCACCUCCUCCUGGUCAUCCUGGAGGUCCUUAUGGCCAUCCAAUGCAACAUGGACCUCCUCAUGGACCCCCUCAUGGUGGUCCUCAACAUGGUCCCAUGCCUACACAGCAACAUGGUGUGGUAUCACAGCAUGGACCACCUCCUCCGGGUCAACAUGGUCCACCAGGACAGCAAGGAGGUCCGCCAACAGGACCUCCAAUGGGUCAUGGUCCGCCACCACAUGGUGGUCCGCCUCAUGGUAUGCCUCAACAACAGCCUGGAUCACAAGGUGGUCCUCCACCCCACUUAAAUGGUCCGCCCGGACAAGGGCCGCCAGGUCCUCAAGGACAUCAUAUGCCGCCACAUCAUCAAGGCAUGGCUCCUCACAUGGGCAUGCAAAUGCCUCCUCAAGGACCCAAUAUGCCACCCAUGGGCUUUCAAACACACGGCAUGCCACCCAAUGUAAGUACAUAGACUACUACUGUUCAAUUAAAUUAAGAUUUUAUUCUGAAUACCAACAUUUAAACAGUUGAGCAAUAUUCUUGCUCAACUAGCUGUUUUACUUCCUUCUAAAGCCCUUAGUCUUAUUUAAAAAAUCUCUUUUUCUUACUUAAAUUCAAAAUCAGUUAAAGCAUCUGCUUCCUCAAUUAACUCCUUCACCUCCUUUAAUAGUUCCUUAGUGGAAG